CGACCAUCACCAAAGCCGCAGCAGAACAGGAGAAUCGAUUCAAAAAGAUGGGCUUCAAGACCUCCCUCGCAGCAGCCCUGCUCGCCAUCCCACAGGGCCUGGCGCACCCCCACCCCGUCGACGAGCCUGAAUACCAGCACCAUGCCCGGCCGCUGAUGGAGCGAUCUCUGGAUCACUGCGCCGGACAGUUUGCCGAGCCCGAGUUCAUGAAGAGGACCAUCGACCGCCACAGCGACGAGUAUGACAGGCUGAGACGCGCUUUGGGUGUUGAGCCCGAGGGAAGUCCCCACAUCUCCAAGCGGGACUACAUCUCCGUCUCCAGGAUCGACCACAAGAGCAACAAGCCCGUCUCAAAGGGCAUGGACCUGUCGUCAUUGUUCACAGACUACGGAGCAUGCAUGCUCAUGCCUGCCGUUGAUCAGGGCCCACUGUACGUCAAGGGUGAGGAGGUCCGCAAGGACAUCACAAAUGGCGAGAAGGGUAUCCCCAUGACGCUCGCCAUACAGGUCGUCGACUACCAGACCUGCAAGGUUUUGCCAGACGCCUACGUCGACAUCUGGAGCUCAAAUGCAACUGGCAUGUACGUCGGCGUACAAGGCUACCCUGGAAUGGGUGACCCCAAAGACGCCAGCAUUCUCAAGGGAACCACACUCCGCGGCGUGCAGCCCACGGACAAGGCCGGAGUAGCUUCCUUCGACACCCUGAUGCCAGCAAUCGUCUACCUGGGCGCCACCAAGCUCCAAAACAACACCCUAUCCGGCGGCCGCGCCGCACACGUGGGCCAGCUGUACUUUGACCAGUCGCUGGUGACGGCGUCGUCGCAGGCCGCGCCGUACAACACGAACCGGAUGGCGACGACGCUCAACGUUCGCGACUUCCUCUUCAUGCAGGGCGCCAACGGCGACGACCCGAUCGUGCGGUACGCGCUGGUGGGCGACCGGCUCGAGGACGGGCUGUUUGCGUGGAUCCGGUUCGGCGUCAGGGGCAACGCGAACCUGCCCGUCAACCCGGCCGCGUUCUGGACCGCCAACGGCGGCGUCAUGAACCCCACCGGUCCCAUCUCCAAGAUUGGUGGUGGCUUCGGCGGCUGGCCUGGUGGCAAGAAUAAGGCUAGGGCUGUGGCGGAGGCUGUGGCGGACCGGGAGGACUAG